AUGUCUGAUACUGUGAGGGGUAGUAUUGAAGAGCCUGUUUUGGCAGUUGACUAUAUGGAAGCAAUAGCUGAAAAAUUCAAGGAAAGCAAUAAGGCUGAGGCAGCUAGACUUUCCAAGGAGAUGAAUGAGUUGAAGUAUACUGGUAGUGGGGGUGUUAGGCAGCAUAUCUUGAAGCUCACUGAGCUAAACACUAGGCUCAGGGAUUUAGAUCUGGGAGUCAAGGAUGACCAACUUGUCCACAAUGCCUUAGAUUCUCUACCACCUAGCUUCAAUACCUUAAGAACUAGCUACAAUGCACAGAAGGAGAGCUGGACCUUGAAUGAGCUGAUAGCUAUUUGCGUGGAUGAGGAGAGUAGAAUGAAGAAAGAGAAGCAGCCCUCCACCUCUGUCAAUUUAGUUGAAAAGCCAAAGAAACAGAACAAAUUCAAGCCUAAGAAAACUAUAGCCAAGCCAUCAGGAAAUACUGCAGCAGCUAAAGACACAUGA